GACAACCCGCCAUUUUGAAACGUUGUUGAUUUUUCUGGGGAGAGUGGAGUAACGCCAGGCGCACGCCUUAAGUCCCGCCCCCUCCCUCUCUACCAUUCCGGGCUCUUAUUCCCUGAGGGGGGCUGUAGUGCUCUGUUCGCGGUUGCCUCGGCUCCCGGCGUUGCCGUUUCCACUUUCUGAGAAGCGCCCCGCGGUGCCCGUCUCUGGCCAGAAGAAUCAGUCAUGUCUUCUGUUUCUGAAAAAGAUGGUUCAUUGCCCGUCGAGCAAACAGAAGAAAUAGAACCAGAGAUUGAAAACAAAGUUGAAGAUAGUGAAGAGGAGGAAGAGGAGGAAGAAGAAAAAGAAAAGAGUCUCAUUGUCGAAGGAAAGAGAGAGAAGAAAAAAGUAGAAAGGUUGACCAUGCAAGUGUCUUCAUUGCAAAAGGAACCUUUUACAAUUACACCUGGAAAGGGACAAAAACUUUGUGAAAUUGAACGGAUACAGUACUUCUUGAGCAAAAAGAAAACAGAUGAACUUCGAAAUCUGCAUAAACUUCUUUACAACAGACCAGGCACAGUUGCUUCAUUAAAGAAGAAUGUGGGCCAAUUCAGUGGUUUUCCAUUUGAGAAAGGAAGUGACCAAUAUAAAAAAAAGGAAGAAAUGUUGAAAAAAUACAGAAAUGCAAUGCUGAAAAGUAUAUGCGAGGUUCUUGAUUUGGAAAGAUCAGGAGUUAAUAGUGAACUGGUAGCCAGAAUCUUAAACUUCUUAAUGGAUCCAAAACCUUCAGGCAAGCCAUUGCCAAAAUCCAAGAAAGCAACCAACAAAGGUGGUAAAAAAGAACGAAGUAGCUCUGGAACAGCACGGAAAGCCAAACGCACCAAAUGUCCUGAGAUCCUGACUGAUGAAUCCAGUAGUGAGGAAGAUGAAAAGAAAGAAAAAGAUGAAUCAUCUGAAGAAGAUAAAGAAAGUGAAGAGGAGCGACCUAAAAAGACAUCAAAAAAAGAAAAGCCCAAGCAAAAAACUGCUUCAAAAAGCAAAAAGGGCACAAAGAAUGCUAAUGUUAAGAAAGCAGAUAGUAGCACAACCAAGAAGAGUCAAAACAGCUCCAAAAAAGAAAGUGAAUCUGAGGAUAGUUCAGAUGAUGAGCCUUUAAUUAAAAAGUUGAAAAAGCCACCUACGGAUGAAGAGCUGAAAGAAACAGUGAAGAAGCUAUUAGCUAAUGCAAACUUAGAGGAAGUUACCAUGAAACAGAUUUGUAAAGAGGUAUAUGAAAGCUAUCCCAGUUAUGACUUGUCUGACCGAAAAGGCUUCAUCAAAAAAACAGUGGAAGAGCUCAUUUCAUGAUCUAAUGGGAAGACAUGAAAGCUUCAGACUUGUUCCCGUGGAUUUAAAUAUUUUACAGAACACCAGCAAAAAUGUCAAUUUGUUCUUUUGCCCUUUUGGUAUAACAUAGUAUUUAGUCAGGGAUGAUUCUACUGACUUAAUGUCCUGAGUGUUAAUGGAAAUUACUUCAACUUUUUAAAAUUGCGUUUAAUGCAGUUCUUAGAUUUUUGCAUGGCAAAAAAUGUUCCCUGCUUUUUGUACAUCAUGAGGUUUCUUUGAACAAGCAGAUCUACUAUAGCUGUUGUAGGUUUUAGUGCAUUGUAAUGUAGAGGUUUUUUUUUAAAAAAAUCAUUAUGAAAGCUGUUGUCUGUACAUACACAUGCUGAGACUGUCAAAUACUACAGUAUUAGGCAUUACAUUGAUUUUGAAUAUCUACCCAUUCUCUUAAUCAGGAGUAAGUCAUGAGCCCUGACAAUGAUUAUUCUAAAUUAUGAUUAUCUUGCAUGUGUACACAUCUUGAGAACUGGCAAAGCAUGGUAACUUGCAGAUGUUAUUUUUGUACUUUUAAGAGUUUGUAUAUAAGCUUAAUUCAAUCUCCUUUGCUUAAAAUCAGGUGGUUUAGAAGAAUAAUCAGUGCGUUUUAGAGGACUGGACCAGUGUCAGUGUUCAGGAGUGGGGUUAUGAUUAAUUAGGAAGGAAGGAGGUAUAACUACCGUACAAAAGAAAUGUUUGCCUUCUAAAGAAAUUCUUCUUUGCACUCAUAUUUUUCAGUGUUUAACUGGGUAGAGGCAACUACAAAUUACCUUGUUCUAAAGGCUUUACAUUAGCAGUAGGCAAUUUGUGACCUUUCAGAUGUUUGAUCUCAACUUAUGUGAGACAUAGCCAGUGGUGAGGGAUGGUGUGAACUGAAGGCCAAACAUCUGGAGAGAUACAUAUUGCACUCCUGCUUCAUAUGAUGCCUGCAUAUUGAAUCCAAUAUAUAGGAAAAGCAACUAUGACUUUGAAAUAAGUCUUUCCUGAGGCAGACAAGUCUUUGAGAAAGUCAUGUUCAGUGUGUAUAACUUUCUGUUUUAAAGUUCCUGGAAAAUCAAUCUUCCUUAUCUAUGAGUGAUUUCAGAAUAGAACUUUAAUACCUUCAUGGUAUCAGCUGGGCAUUUUUGUAUUUCUGUAUUUAAAGUUAAGGUGUAUUUGUAAGUGGGGGCAAAAAACCUUAAUACCACAGUCCUCUAUCUAUCCAUUCAGAAGUGAGUUUUUGAGUUUAAUGGGGCUUCUUGUCAUGUAAAAUUGUUACAGGAUUGCAGCCUGGGGAGGGGGGAGCAACUAUAUGGCUCCCAAACUGUCUGAAGAACUAUAGGGUGCUUCAGAUUCUAUGGUCCAAAGUUACAGAUAGCACUCUGACUUUAGAGGGGUGUAUCUGCAAACUGCCCUCUGCCCCCUUGCAGCCAGCCUUGAAAAACUUGCUCCAGCUGCCUCCUCAGUGUUGGGAGUAUGACCUUGGAGAUGGUGAAAAGAGAGUAUUUCAGUGAGUGGGCCAAGGGAGAGGCCAAAAUAUGAGCUACCCUGGGGCUUCCUGAACUCCUUCCCUCCCACUCUGAAACAUUUUUCUAAAUUGGCAAACAAUAACCCUGUCUAGCAAUAACACAGGGAGGAAAAUAUUAUCCCAGCUGUUCCUACUCCCUUGCAUAGAAUGAGCAUAUAUGUCAGUUUGGGUGUUUAUAGUCAUUGUAAUAGGAUUGUAUCCUAAGGGCACCAUCCAAUGUGGGACAGAGGAAACACAGUGGCACUCUGCCUCCAUGCUCUAUUGACUGCCUGUACCCUUCUGAGUAGGUGGUGGGGAGGAGCUAGGCAUUACUGUCUAAUGAACAAGCCAGGCAGGACUUCAGCCCCUCCUUGCAUGCAUGGGCAAAAGGCUUAGCUGAAUUUGGCCAAGAGAGCAGCUGCUCUGAAAAUGGUCUUCUGUCUUAGGAGCAGCAGUCAGUGUAUAGAGAACCUCUGCAAGAGCAGCAGGUGGUCUUUCUGAACACCGCUGCAACUUCAGAGGGAGUUUUAACAAAAAUUGGAGUGUGACUUUUCCUGUAGCUAGCCAGACAGCAUUUAUCAGACAUGGGAUUGCCCUACAUGUAUCAACUUUAGACCCCAGCUGCUUUAAGAGUAAUAAUAUAAAUUAAAACCUGUUCUGCAGGCAGUUCACGAAUUAAGUACCUGCUCAAAAAAUGUCAUUGUCAGUAAAGCUAUGCCCAUUGAUCAUGAAUCAGAGCUCCCAACAAAUGCCAAAUAUGUGUCAUAAUACAUAAAUGAUUGUAUUGAUUGCAAGUACUGCAGGUUUUAAAUACAAUAGUAAUAUGUAGUUAAGAAUCAUAGAACUAUAUUAUGAAAAUAUUCAGUCAGUAAGCUGAUCAGUCUCUACCAUUUUUACAACUUUUUUGCAUGUGAUCCUUUAUAUUAAGGCUGAGUGUAACAAGCUUUAUAUUCAAUAAAUGUCUUUAAGGAGAAUGUAUAUUUGAUAUUUUAAUACAUGUACAGUAAAACUUGAUACAGAAUCAAA